AUGGACAAAAGAGAGCUACAUCAAUUGGCCGCCAUAGUUAAUACAGCUAACAAUAGCAAUAGUAAUGAUAGAUUUAAAUUUUCUAAUUCAAAAACUUGCUUUAAUUGUGGGAAGAAGGGCCAUGUUAAAAGCCAAUGCAGACAAACUAGCACUAGCAACUUCAGAUAUAGAAGUUACACCAAUUACCACAACCCUAGCAACUACAAUCAAAAUAAUUACAACAAUCAUAGUAACUAUAGCAACCAAUAUAGAAACUACAGAUCCAACCAGAGUGCAAGCCCCAGAGAAAGAAGGAGCCUUAGGAAUAACAACUCCUAUUACAAUAACUAUAAUACUAAUAGACAAUCAAGGAUGGACACAUACAACCAUCAGUCCAACUACAACAACUAUCAAAACAGGAAUAGAAAUAGAGGCAAUACCAAUAACAAUACACAAAGAGAAGAGAAUGUAGCCUACUUACAAACAGACAUGUCUAAGGUAAAUGUUUUUCCCUCAUAUGUAAACUCAGUAGAAAUUAAAGCAAUGAGAGAUACUGGUGCAACAACAUCAAUAGUAAGAUCCAAUCUAGUCAAACCAGAACAAUAUUUAGAAGAAACUGUUAAGGUCAUUUAUGCCAACAUACAAAAAUUUGAUAUAUGUAAAACCGCCAAGGUCUGGAUUGAAUCUCCCUGGAUCACAGGCGAGAUAAAAGUAGUAGUAAUGGAUACACCCGCCCAAGACCUCAUAAUAGGGAACUCACAUGGUGUCAAAGACUUAACAAUAACUCAGCUAGAUUCAUGGAUAAAAAACAGACAAAGAAAUUGGUAUCUAGACCAACAUCAUAUAUCAGCUGUUCUAACUAGAUCACACAAAAAUAUAGUGCCAGAAAUUGAAUUACCAAAUACUUUGUUCAAUGAAAUAGGAACGACCAGACAAGAAUUAAUCAAAAUGCAAAACAGUGACCCUAUAAUACAAGAUUUGUUAAAUAAAGACUAUAACAAAAUAAAUUUAAACAACCAUCAUCUUUUAGCCAACAACCUAGCCAUUAGAUGUAACAGAAACAAAGAUAGCACAAGAAUUCAAAUUAUAAUUCCAGAAAGUCUACAACCUAAAAUAUUGAAAAUGGCCCAUGAUGACCCAACAGCAGGCCACUUUGGAAAAAAGAAAACAUAUGCUAAAAUCUCACAAAAAUUCUUUUGGCCUAAGAUGAAGACUCAAAUUAAAGACUAUAUAGAUUCCUGUGCAGAAUGUACUAAACAAAAACUCAUACUCAAGGCACCUAUACAAAAAUCAGAUAAAGCCCAUUGUUUCUGGGACAAGAUAGCCAUUGAUAUUAUGGGCCCAUUAAAUACAAGUACCAAGGGAAAUAAAUAUAUAUUAGGGAUCAUAGACAUAGCAACCAGGUGGGCAGAAGCUUUUCCUCUUAGGGAUAUCAGGGCCGAAGAUAUAUGCACCUCACUAAGAACAAUAUUCCUAAAGUUCGGAUUCCCAAACAAAAUCUUAUCAGAUAAUGCAUCUAACUUUAGAUCAAACUUAAAUAAAGCUUUCGCAGCUAUGACUAACAUAAAACUAGUGCAUAGUACAGUUUAUUCACCACAGUCAAACGGUGUGAUUGAGAGAUGGAACAAGACAAUCAAAGAGAUAAUCUAUAAAUUAGAAACAGAAGCAAUGAAUACUUGGAAUCAGACUUUAAAUUAUGCUAUCUUUGCUUACAACACUACUACUCAUGAAACAACAAAAUUCAGUCCAUAUGAAUUAGUUUUUGAUAGAAAACCUAAAGGACCACUAGAACUAUGGGCUGAUAAUAUGUUAGAGCUAGAGAACUAUGAAGAAUACCAUCCAUGGAUAACACAAAUAAAACAAAAUUUAAGACAGGGAAUAAAAUUAGCUGAUAUAAACAUGGAUAAAAACUUAAAGAGACAUAGAGAUAUAAAAAAUAAGAACAGAAAAUUAAGGACAUUGAACAUAGGAGACCAAGUGUUUGUAAAAAUAGAAAAUAAGUAUAGUAAAAACAAAAAUGAAGGCCCAUAUGACAUAGUAGGAAAAAUAAAUAACAAAGUGUACAAAGUAGACAGAAAUGGCAAGGAAUGUAAGCUGAGCAUAGAUAAAUUAGUAAAAUUUCCCAAAAGAAAAGUUGAAGAGAUAGAAGUUAUUGAUAGGGAUACAGAUUCAAUAGUAACUAUGCAAGAAUAUGCUGCAAAUACUAUAUCCAUUCAUACUACCACCCAAGACUCCAGUAAUGAUAGAACUAAUAUAGAUAACUUGAUAGAAAAAUACAAUGAUGUCAUUACAUUGAAACUAGGCUGCACUGAUCUAAUUCAGCAUUCAAUACAUUUAAAUAAGACACUACCAUCUAAAACAAAGGCAUAUAACAUCCCAAAGGCCUAUGAGGAAUUAGUAAAAGUAGAACUAAAGAAAUUACUAAGUGAAAACAAGAUAGAAAAAUCAGAUGUUUGUUCUUACGCAUCACCUAUGGUGAUUGUCAAAAAAAAAGAUAACAGUGUGAGAAUCUGUUGUGACUAUAGAGAGCUAAACAAUUGUACUAUCAUAGAUCCUGAACCUCUACCUGAUACAGAAACUAUAAUUAAUAUGCUAAGCAGAGCCUCACUAUUUACCACCAUGGAUCUAAAUAGAGGAUUCUGGCAAAUAAAAAUGGAAGAAAAGUCUAAACAAUAUACUGCUUUCAAAUGUAUACAACCCGGGUUUGAAGGGAUAUAUGUAUGGAAUGUCAUGCCAUUUGGAUUAGUUAAUAGCACAGCCACAUUUCAAAAAUGUAUGAGCAAACUAUUAGCAGGCAUUGACAAUGUAAUCUCAUAUGUUGAUGACAUUUGUGUUUUCACUAAAUCAGAAAAGGAACAUCUAGACACACUAGAACAAAUAUUUGCUAGUUUAAAACAACAUAGAAUGACAAUUGCUCCCAAUAAAUUAAAUCUUGUAAAGAAUGAAAUUCAAUUUUUAGGCUACAACAUCACUAACAGUAAAAUAACUCCUACCAAAGCAAACAUCUGUAAAAUAAGAAAUAUUAAGGAACCUAAAACAAAAAAGGAUGUCAGAGCACUAUUAGGCUUGUGCAACUUUUAUAGAAAAUUCAUACCCAACUAUGCCCAACUAAUUCAGCCCUUAGUAGAAUUCACUAAGAAGAAACACUCAAAUAUAAUAAACUUAGAUGAUAGCAGCAGAGAGGCACUAACUAGACUAAAGGAUAAGUUUAAUGAGAAAUUAGAGUUAGGGAGUAUUGAUCCUAUCUCACAACUCCUACUGUACACUGAUGCAUCCAAUAAUGGUAUAGGAGCAUGCCUACUGCAACAGAAAGAGUCAGAUCUAAAACCCAUAGUCCAUAUAAGUAGAACAUUAUCUAAAGCAGAAAGAAAAUAUUCAAUUAUAGAAAAAGAACUAUUAGCUAUAGUAUGGAGCAUAGUCAAACUAAAACACUAUUUGCUAGGAAGAUUCUUUACAAUUAAAUGUGACCAUAAACCGCUGUUAGCACUUAAAAGAAAAGAACUAAAGAAUAAUAGGAUAAAUAGGUGGUCAUUAAUUUUGUCUGAUUACAAGUUUGACCUACAAAGUAUACCUGGUCAUGAAAAUAUAUUAGCUGAUUUUUUAUCAAGGCAGGUAGAUCAUGAAACAGAUACAAAUGAGGACAAUGAUAUUGUACAUAUCAGUCAAAGUAUUUUAACUGAGUAA